CUCCACAUGUGGUUUUGAUUUGACUGCUUGUAGGUGCUGAGGUGCUGACCGGGACGGAGCUUUCCAAAAUACAACAACUCACAUUUACUGCAAAAAACUGCCCUUUAGUUCCAGACCUUACUGACUAACACCUGAAAUUAUCUUGGGUUCAAGAUCUAGCAUAACCUUGUAUCAGUGCUCAGUGUGUAUUGGUUUAUUGCUGACUAAUAUAGAGAAAAGGAAAACUACUAUAUUCUGUGGAAAGAGCCACCACCAGGACCUCAAAUUGCAUGAAUAAACACAUCUCCACAACAAUGUCUCCUGCACCGGCUCUAUUGUAUUGUUCAGGCCUUUUUUCCCUUUUGGUCCUCCUCCCUCAUAUCCAGUCAUGUGAAUUAGGGACGGCACGAGACUGUGCUGAAGCAGACUUUGCUCCCGGGUCUGACCUUGCUGGAGAAGGCUUUGACAUCACCAAGAUGCAGCGAAAAGGUUCCUUUGUGAUCAACAUGCAAAUUUGGAAAAAGAAGGACAAGUCCUGCACACUGUGCAAGAACCCAUACCUAGAGGGAAAGAAGCAGAAGCUCCCGAUUUCUGUACUGGACUGGAGACCAAGCCAGAAGUGCAGCAUAAAAGUGUCCAGUUCCAUUUACCAGUCCAGUGAGUCACUGGUCAGUGCCAGCACCUCCUCCAUCGAGAAUGACUGGAAGGCCAAUUUGGGUAUCAAUGUGAAGAGGGGUGAAGGGUCGCUCAUGCUGGCAGGCAGUAACUCCAAGCUGGCUGAGUAUUCAAUGGAAAAAACCAAAAAGGACAGGUUCAGUUUCACCAGUCACAGCAUUUCCUGUGGAUAUUACAGUUACAGGGUUUCUGACAAACCAGUGAUUCAUCCCGAGUUUAAACGAGCCCUAAGUCAGCUACCCAAGCAGUACGGGCCUCGUUUCAAGCCACGUUUCUUCAAGUUCAUCGACAGCUUCGGCACUCACUAUAUCACCAAGGUGACUCUGGGAGGGAAGGUCCACUCAGUCACCAGUAUCAGACAGUGUCAGGCGUCCCUGCAGGGUCUGAGCAUGGAAGAGGUGAAGAAGUGUCUGGACGUGGAGGCGUCUGCCAGCGUGGCGGGGAAAGUUAAUGUCAACGUUGACAGCAAGCACUGUGAUGAAGCCAAGACCAAGACUGAGAGUAAAAACAGCUUCUCCAGUAACUUCAACGACCGAAUAACAGAGAUCACAGGAGGCCACACCACGGAACCCGAGCUCCUCUUCUCUGCAGAUAAGGACCCCGGAGCUUAUAAGGAAUGGCUUUCGUCCAUCCCGCUCCACCCAGACGUUAUUUCGUACUCUCUCCAGCCUCUGCAUGAACUUCUCCCCACCAACAACCCGACCAGAAAACACCUGCGCAAAGCCCUCCAUGAUUUCAUCCUGGAGAAGUCACUGUGGAGAAACUGCUCUGAGCCGUGCAGCACUGGAGUCAAAUCCAAUCCCCAAGAACCGUGUUUGUGUUCAUGCAGGAAUAACCCCGGCGUGACCGCUGACUGUUGCCCGUCCAAACGCGGCAUUGCACGGGCCAAGGUGACUGUUCUACGGGCAUCGGGGUUAUGGGGUGACCACACGACAGCAACGGAUGGCUACGUCAAAGUUCAUGACAAAAACAACAUGCAGAUCGGUCGCACGCCGGUGAUCUAUAACGACAACAAUCCCACCUGGGCCAUGACCUUCGACCUCGGUGAUGUGCCUCUGAACAGUUUCGACCCUUUAAAGCUGGAGGUGUGGGAUGAGGACAGCAAAUGGGAUGACGACCUGCUCGGAGCCUGCGAUGUCCACCUGAAAGCAGGACUUUAUGAGAAUUUCUGUAAUUUAAAUCACGGUGUGCUGUACUAUAAAACAGAGGUGAUCUGUCCGCCAAGUCUAACGGGUCCCUCAUGCAGCGAUUACGUUGGAUCCCCCAUGAACUUUAAUCUGGAGAAGGUGUACGUGUCCCGGCACUCUCGACCCGUUCCGCAGGACAUGCUGCAGGAAAUGGGCGUGACUCCUGACGAAGCUCCGCUAACCUUUAAGCAGAUGGGAUACGAUCCUAACAAAAGUGUUGUGCAGCUUCAGUAGGGAAGUUCAACAGCAAACCUGAAAGGAAUCCAUGGACUCGAUAAAACCAGCAUGUAAAUUCAAUUGUAGUCCCUGGAGUAAGGAAUUAAACACAUCAAGGUGGUGUGAAGUUGAUUAUUUUUUUCAUUAAUGUUUUAUGCUUAAAGUUACAGUACACUUUUUGUGAUGCCUGCUAACAACUUGGCUCUUGUUAUUACUUGUAAAUGGCUGUAAAUGGCCAAUCCCUCACCCACCUCUCUUUAUUCUCUCGGUUAAAAACCAUAAAGAAGACGUGUAAACUCUUCUGUCCUGAAAAUGACACUGGAGACUCCUUCCAUAAAAAAGAUCGGAGUUCCUUUUGUUUCAGUAUUUGUGAAUUGUUGGUGUUUGACUGCAUUAAAGUAGUUUGGAUAUUUAUGUAUUUAUACUCGUACAGUAUGGACUCCUUAAAUACUCUGUUGUGUCUCAGAUUUUCAUAUUUAAUUAUAAUAUUCUAUUUUGUAUUCAGCUUUUUCCUCCAGACAAAUAAAGACUUAUUGAACAUUAA